CUCCAACCUGGACAAGAUUCUCACCAGUCAUGUCAUGUCAGCUGGCGAAUCUCCGCAGUAUAAAUUUAGUCAAAUAAAACUUAAUACAUAAAUUUAGUUGUACAAUUGGCCUUAAAUCUUUAAAAAUUUCUGUAAAAAAAAUGGACACAUCCGUUCUCAUAGUCUCUUCUGGUUACAUAUUCGCGACCGCAUUUCUCGUUGCAGUCACAAGAAGCAUACUUUUGUCCUUUGUCACAUCGCCAUUCUUGCAGAGGGCGAUUCUCGAAUUUUUAGCGACUUUCGAAUUUCUGGCGACCGUUUUUGAAAUAGGGAUCCUUUUGCAGACUUACGGCCUCCCAGCCUUCGUGAUUGCGUUAAUCAUCAUGGCGAAUUAUUGGGGCAGGUCGUGGCGUGGCGCGACGGCUGCGCCACACAAUCACAUCGUCGACAUGAUUAAGGGUAACGGGAGUAAAGUGGAAAGCGUAGGAUUUAUUUUGGCAGAAAUUUUCGCAGCCAGUUUAGUAUUCCCGUUUUACGUAAAGCAAUACUGGGGACUGGGAUUCUUGCCGAUUCACACAGCCAGAUUGGCCGGGGUGGCGUCGUGUUCUUCAUUUCUGAAGGUCGGCGUGUACAAUGGAGCAUUUCUCGAGGCCUUUGGAACCCUUGCGUUCAACAUUUGUGCACGAAUUCUGCGAACGCUGCAGUACAAUUUCGUCACAGUACCGGGAGCUCUCGCCGCGAUUAAAAUUGUUGGAAUGUCUUUAACCGGCGGCUUCCUCAACCCCAUCCUCGCAUCGACAUUGCAGUUCAACUGUGCGGGUAAUGCGGUGUGGGAGCACGUCCUCGUCUACUGGUUGGGUCCGGUCGUCGGAUUGACCGUGUUCACCAUGUUGCUGUAUCCCGCCAAGCCGCCCAAACCACAAGAGACUGCGAAGGAUGACAAGACCAAGGUUGACAAGGAGGGGAAAAAGAAGGCUAAAAAGGACGAUUAAAAUGACAAUUGCUUGAAAUAUGUAUGCAUGUAAAUUACUUAGUGUUCAAUCCUCUUGUCAAAUUAAUUUUCAAACUGAAAACAAAAAUUGAAGUGAUAUUUAGCUCAAUAAUUAAAACGAAGAGGGCAAAAUACAUGACACGACAAGGUAAUAUGGAAAUAACUAGUCCCAGACACUUAAAAAGGCGA